UCUAAUCGUCGAUGCAGGGACGUACCAUUCUUAGUGCUAUUCCUUGCGUUCUGGGGUGGAAUGAUCGCCUUCGCUGCCAUUAGUUUCAUCGACGGUAAUCCUCGCAGAUUGCUAUACGGAAUAGACUACAACGGCAACCUCUGCGGGACCAAGGGUGGUGACCCGGACCUCAGUGGGUUCAACGUGAGGUACUGGAUGAACCCGAAGCAGUUGAUGGAGGGAGGCGACCUCACGCUUUCGCUGAGCCUGAGGGAUGCGAGAGCCAUUUGUCUGGAGGAUUGUCCAUCGCUGGCGGAGGGCAACAACGUCUUGUCGUGGGUCUGCGAUUACCCCCAGAUCAACGGCAAAAAUGCGUCCAGUCCGCUGCAUCAGCUGAGUCUAGCCGAGUGGGGCAGACGCAAUUACGACUACUACGAUCUGCUCGAUGGUAAUCAGCGGAGGUCCUCGUUGGCCUUACACGGCCCCUGCUACCCGGUGCUGAUCGAGUCGACGAGUCUUUUCAGGAGUUGUCAGCCUGCGGGGAACAUCAGCGCCGCCAAAUACGAUCUGUGGCUCCAAAUGAACGGCUCCGAGAUCACUUUUCACAACAAGCCAGUUUGGGAUGUCGUCAACGAGUAUUUGAGUGCGCCGUCGUCGGUGCUGGAGCGGUACGUUGCCGAUCUUGGGAAGGCAUGGGUGGUGCUCGUCGUGUGCGGAGCCAUAGCUCCCUUCGUCCUGUCCUUCGCCUGGCUGAUCCUCGUGCGCUACUCGGCUAGGCUUACGGUCUGGCUCACCGUGUUCCUCGUGAAUGUCCUUGCUAUUGCCGUGAUGCUUCUGUUCUACGUGAAGGGUGGGUGGGUUGGCAAGGGUACCAUCAGUGCGGUUAUGGGCAGCAAAGCCUCGGCUUUGACGGUGGGUUUCGAUGGUGCAGAGGCGGAGCGGAAUGACCUGCGAAUCGUGGCCGUUCUUUUCACGGUCCUCGUGGCCGUCCUCAUCUUGUUCAGCUUGGUCAUGCUUCGCCGCCUGCACUUCGCCGCUGGAAUCCUAAAGGUCGCGUCCAAGGCGAUGGUUGCCAUCCCAUCUCUGCUGGUCUUUCCGAUCUUCCCAUUCGUCGUCGCAGUGGCCUUUGGGAUUUACUGGGUGCUGGUGGCCAUGUACCUGUUCAGUGCUGGGGAGAUCACUCGCCGUCAGUGUAGCAGUGGAGCCGACUGCAGAUCCUACAGCGUUCCGCUCCUGGAAACCGUCACUGGCCCCGAGCAUUGCUGCGGCUACGACAUCACGUUUAACUCCAAGCUCAAGUGGGCCAUGGUUUACCAUAUCUUAGGCUGCUUCUGGACUCUGCAGUUCAUCGUGGCGUGCUCGAUGACUAUCAUCGCCGGGGCGGUUGCUAGCUUUUACUGGGCGAAGAGCGAUUACGCGACCCUGCCCUACCACCCCGUGAUGAAUGCCACUAGGCGCACGCUCGUGUAUAGCCUGGGAUCUAUGGCCCUCGGCUCUCUCGUUGUCGCCGCAGUCGAACUCAUCCGUUGGUUUUGCGACUACCUGAGACGGAAGCUCAUCGCUGAUGACAACAGCGUUCUGAGGUACGUUUGCUGCUGCACCGAGUGCUGCCUCGUUUGCCUCGACUACGUCGUCAAGUUCAUCAAUCGCAACGCCUACAUCAUGAUCGCUAUUAAGGGCUUCAGCUUCUGUGAGGCGGCGGGCAAAGCGUCCGUCCUCAUUGUGGACAACGUUUUGCGCGUCGCCGCUGUCAAUGUGAUCGGCGAUUUCGCGCUCUUCCUGGCCAAGCUCAUGGUGUCCUUCGCCUGCGCGUUUUUCGCUUUCGUGAUGUUGGAGGACAGGCGCUACAGGGAGGGGGAGGCGAGGGUGUCCAGCCCUCUUGCGCCGGUAUUAUUUUGCAUGGGGGUCAGCUUCAUCGUCGCGUACAUAUUCUUCACUGUCGUGGAAAUGGCCAUGGACACCAUCCUCUUGUCGUUUUGCGAAGAUUGCGAGGAGAACAACAACAUCCCGCGGUUCGCUCCGAGGCUGCUGAUGGACACGCUGAAGAUGGCGCAACACGAGCACGAGGAGAAAAUGAAGGCGAGAGAGAGAAGGCGGAGACGACGGGAAGCAGAUCACCGACUGCCCACCGUUGUAGGUGUCGUUCCUUGACCAAGGAAACGGACCAUGUGAGUGUUUUUCUUUUUUUUUUUUCUCACCUUUUUCUCCCCCUUUCAGUUGCCUAUUUAUAGACGCG